AUGAUCCUCGACCAGGAAGGCCUUCAACUUCAACUGGAUACUCCUACGUUCAGAAAGUCAAAGAUAUGUCGACCUAGAACUGUCUCAGAUAUUGUCGAACAAAACGAGGUCAUCUCUGUUUUGGAACAAUGUAUUAGUGGUGCAGACUUACCAAAUUUACUAUUUUAUGGACCACCUGGAACAGGUAAAACCAGUACAAUUUUGGCGGCAGCCAGGCAAUUGUUUGGAAAUAUAUACAAAGAAAGAAUUCUUGAACUGAAUGCCUCUGAUGAAAGAGGAAUUCAAAUUAUUAGAGACAAAGUAAAAAAUUUUGCUCAGUUGACAGCAAGUGGAACAAGACCAGAUGGAAAUAAAUGUCCACCAUAUAAAAUUGUUAUAUUAGAUGAAGCAGAUUCUAUGACACAUCCUGCUCAAGCUGCACUUCGAAGGACAAUGGAGAAAGAGACAAAAUCUACUCGGUUUUGUUUAAUAUGUAAUUAUGUGUCAAGGAUUAUUGAACCAUUAACAUCUAGAUGUACCAAAUUUAGAUUUAAAUCAUUGAACGAAUCUAUGAUCUAUGAAAGGUUGGCAUUCAUCUGUAAAGAAGAAGAAAUUGAGUGUGAUGAUUCUACUUUAAAUUGUUUAGUAGAAGCUAGUGGAGGUGAUAUGAGGAGAGCUAUCACCUGUUUACAGAGUUGUGCAAAGCUUAAGGGGCAAAAUGUAACAAUUAGUGUCAAUAAUGCGUGUGAAGUCACAGGGAUUGUUCCUGACAGAUGGUUUGUAGAGUUUUUAACAAUAUGUAAAAACUUCGUUCACUUUAGUCAGUUACAAGAAUUUAUUCAAGGGCUUCUAUUAGAAGCUUUUUCUGCCUCUCAGAUUCUCGAGCAGCUCAAUGAAAUACUUGUUACUGAAGAAUUAAAUGACUCCCAGAAAGCUAUUAUAGGGGAGAAAAUUGGAGUAGUUGGUUAUCGUCUACAAGAUAGCAGUUCAGAAUAUAUCCAGUUGUUGGAUCUUGGGAUGGCUAUUAUUAAGGCUUACACAUUACAAUUAGAAUAAUUAUGUGUUUUAUACUUUCUUAUAAAUAAAAUCUAAUUAAACAUUUAUUUUAUGAGA